AUGGCCAUCCGUGCAAAUGCGCGACGCUUGCUCUCGGAGUUCAAGGUGGAAGGUGCUGGCUAUGCUGCCUUUGGCGCUUCUUUGGGCCUCAUCUUCGGGGCGUGGGAUGGCCCGGGCAAAGCAGACGAGCGACCAAAGUCUCUGGUCGGCGAGGCGGGGGAGCGGCCUUCGGUCGCAGCCGUGCGUGAGAUGGCGAUGCGUCAUCCCAGAGAGCUGGGGGUCCUUCGUCAGCUUCUGCUCACCACACCUGCCAUUUUCCUCGGGCUCCGCCUUGGCAAGCGUGGCCGGGAAAUAGGCGCAUCCCCCGCUUCCAUGGGCCUUAGUGUCGUGGCAUUGCUUUGGUGCCCCAUGCUCCUCUACCUAUACGGCGGAUAUCCUGUCUUGGUUCCCCCCUCCCCACUUCCCUGCCAGACCUCCCUCACUGGCGAGUUGCACGUGCGCCAGGGGACUGCGGCGACAGCUGUUGCUUUGUAUGGAUGCCCUGGACAUGACAUCUGGCAUCUCGUUUAUCCCUGUGCAGCCCGCCUCCUCCUGCUCCCUGAUUUGUUGGUUCUUGUCGUUUUCUUGUGGCUACGGGUGGAGGAAGGCUAUGUUAAAGGGCUUGGCGUGCUAAGGAUGGCGCCCAGCUUCCGAAGGGCUGGCGCUGGCAGCCAGGAGACCCUCUUGCAAGACAGCGUAAAUGCUCCGAUGACGCUUCGAUUUCGGUCCAUCUCAGCACCAUUGCAGACGAAGUGCAUUCAACUUCUUUGCCGCUUGCCUGCAAAAGACAACGUAGUACAAGAUGCCAAUGACCAGAGUGUUCAGGAGGCCUAUUUCCGGAACGAAGAAAAUACCAUUGACAGGAGGGACCCUGGCUCGAAGUCCACGAUCGCCACGGACUUCGAGCGCCUGCCGCUAAGCAAGAAGGCCAUUUCUGCGGCCAGAUUGGUCCGAGCAGGAGACGGGCACGUGGACACAGCCUCCUGGGUGGCCAUAUUGAGCGAUCUCAUCCGCUGCGCGCCGCAGAUGUCUCCGGUACUCGCUGUUUCCCUGGGCAGCGGAGUGGCUAAACUCGGGCUUACCUCAAAGGGCCGGGCCAGGGAUGGGUGGAAGGAAGUGAUCACUCUGAAGAUCGGCUUAUUUGCCGCGAUCGCCACACAGCUGACCAAAGAUGCCCGCCAACUGCGGCCACAGGAUAUUGCACGCGCCAUCUCAGGUCUGGCGAACUCCCAGUCUGUAGCCUCGACUCAUCCGGUCUUCCAGGCGCUGGCGGAGGCCGCGCUUGAGAAAAGCGACGAGUUUGAGGGCUCCAGCUCUGUCCAGCUUGUGAACGGGCUGGCAAAGCUCCGCCUGGGAUCCGGGCCGGACGGCGUCCUGAGCCACUUUGCCAAAGUCCUGCAAAGCUGGCUCGGUGAGCUCUAUCCCAAGGAGCUCGCGAUCGUAGCCAACGCCUAUUCGCGAAGUGGCGUACCACGUGAGGCAUGCGAAAGCCUUUUUGAAGCUCUGGCCUCUCUGGCCCUGCAGAGCCUUGAGGAGCUUCAGUCCCAGGACUUGGCGCACCUCUCCAAUGCUUUUGCAAAGCUGGAUGUCCCGGGCGGGCGUCCGGCACAGGAGCUCAUGUCGAAAAUGGGCAAGUAUGCUCAGCAGCGGCUGCCGGACCUUGACAUGCAGCACAUCGCAACGAUCUCCUUCGCAUACGCCAAGGCACAGCAUCCCCAGGCGGUUCCUCUCCUGGCUGCUGUGGCCGACCAUGUCGAUGCAGUGGCAGGUCUCGAGAAAUUCUCCACCCAGGAGCUGGUUAAUCUUCUCAGCGCCUUUGCAAAGAUGCGAGUUCGACAUCCGAUGCUGCUUGAGAAAAUCUCCGACUAUUGGCUGAAGCAUCCGCAGGUGAUCUCUAAGAUGGAGGCAGUUGAUCUUCUUUUUGCCUCAUCUUCGAUGGCAAGGCUACAAUGCGCCAAUCGCGACGUUUUCGCUCUUAUGGCCGAGACAGUUUCGAAGAAGAACCGGAAGGUCAGCCCAAAGCAGGCCAUUUACCUUCUGCAGUCUUUUGCGCAGGUCCAGUGCAGUGACCUUGGUUUGACAUCAUCUCUUGCGCCACUUCUUCGCCAAGCUUUGCAGGACCCAGGCCGUCAAGGGCCUUCACCCUCAGACUGGGUGGUCGCGCUUGGCGCUCUUUCGGCCAACGGCGAUGCUCACACUGCAGACGUGGUUGAGCUAUGUGAAUCGAUCGUUGACAGCUGCGACUUCGCACGCUUGUCUACCCUCGACAUCGCGCAGCUGCUGCGGGCGCUGUCCCGGCUGCCGCUGCUGAGGGCGCCUCAGGCCGCCGAGUCCUUGGCCUGGCGCGUGCUGGAAGAUCCUGGGGGCUUUGCCACACCCGAUCUCCUCUUGGCAGUGCAUUCUGCCAUCAGCUUACACUGUGACAUGCCCAACUCCGGCAUCAGCGACAGUUUGUUUCGCUCCUUCGCGGCGCUGCUCUCCCAGGAGCUGGCAGCUGGUAACAGGCUGUCCAUGUUGACGGCAUCAGAGCUCAUUAUGGCUGUGAGCACGCUGAGCAAGGCGGCGUGCUCCGAGGAGGCCGCCUGGAACGCUGUCACCAGCCAAGCGACAGCCCUGUUGGCGGAGCUGUCGCCAGAUCUGGGCCGAAGCGAGCUCCAGACUCUGCUCCACGCCAUGCUGGUGGUGCUGAGCGCCUGCGCGCGUCACCAGCUCCAGGACGGAAACCUCUUCAGGGCCACGUAUGCGUGGUUGUCCCGACUGCACGACGGAAGCUUCGUCGCCACGGAGAGAUGGCACCUGCUGGCAGAGGAUGUCGUGCGCCAGGGCCUCUUCGCCGGAUCUUUGGCAAAGCUGGGAGCUGCAAGCUACAUGGAGACGCAGGCUUGGGGGAUCGCCCCUGCCGAUUACUUCGGCACAUGGAGCUACAUCCUUCAUUGUUGCAGUUCGGCGGGGCAUCUCCAGGAUCGGGGUCUCCUAUUCUUAGGCUUGGGCCAUGCUGUUGCCGGCUUGCCCAGAGCAGAGGGGCAGCUGCACGGCUUGCUGCGCGACGCGGCCCUAAAGCAGUGCCAGGCCACCGCCAACGCUGUUCCGGCAGACGCGCGUAAAGCCAACGCCUCAGAGCCUUUGGAGGAGGACCUUGCAAACUACUCGCAGAUACUGACUGGCCUCCAGUGCUUCGAAUUCUUCAGUGCCUGGAAUCCAUCCUUGGCCGAGGCACGAACGAUCGUGUCAUUGCUUGAUGCCGUCUUGCCGCAUCUGCAAGGCAGAGCCAUCGGGCAGCGCCGUGAGAGUUCGUUGUCCGCAGAGGUUGCGGAUGUCCUGGUAGGGGAAGGCAGAUCGCAGCCCGUGUUGACGCUCAAGGCUUCGCGACUGCAGGUCGAGGCAGGAUGGCAACCUGGCUUGGCAAAGGACAUCUUGUUUCUGGUGAACUCCUCUUUGGAGGCGCGAACUCUGGCCCUCACCUGCGAGCGAUGCCAUCGUGUUGUGCAGAGGUUGGAGGAGGCUGUGCCCCAGCGGAGGGCCAGCGAUGGAGGAAUUUACCAACUCCUGAAGGCGAUCGCGCUGCUGCUGAGGAAGCGCGGCUUCGAUCGCAAGACGCCUGUGCCCUUCGAAGAGCUGGAGAUCGACGGCCACCCACUGGUCGCCCCCAGUGCGCGCAGAGAAGAGGAAGCGGCCCUCGCUUUGGAGCAGGUCGUGCACCUUGUCCGCGCAAGUUCCGAGAUCACAGGGGUUCGCCUCACCAAUUGUGCCAUCCUCGGCCAGCAUGCCUCCAUCACGGAGGUCGGCCGGUUACUGAAGCAGAUGGGUAGGAUGUAG